AUGGCGGAGGAGGGGUACAAGGUGACGCUGAACGUGUACGACCUCAGCAACGGCCUCGCGCGGCAGCUGUCCACCUCCUUCCUCGGCAAGCCCAUCGAGGCCAUCUGGCACACGGGCGUGGUGGUGUACGGGAACGAGUACUACUUCGGCGGCGGGAUCCAGUCGUCGCCGGCGGGGACGACGCCGUACGGACGGCCGCUGCGGACGGUGGAGCUGGGCGUCACGCACAUCCCGCGCGAGGUGUUCGAGGACUACCUCCGCGACAUCGCGCCCCGGUACACGGCCGAGACCUACCGCCUGCUCACCCACAACUGCAACAACUUCAGCCACGAGGUGGCGCAGUUCCUCGUCGGCACCGGCGCCGGCGUGCCCGACUACAUCCUCAACCUCCCCGCCGAGGUCAUGUCCAGCCCCAUGGGCCCGCUCAUCAUGCCCAUGAUCCAGAACCUCGAGUACACGCUCCGGAGCAACAACGCGCCGCAGGCCACGCAGUUCGUGCCCACGCCCGCCUCCGUCUCAGUCUCCGCGCGGACCGAGGCUCCCGCCUCCAAGCCCACCGUGGCUGCCGCCGCCAAGCGAGAAGCGCCGGCGGAGAAGGCUUCGAAAGAAGCUCCCGCUCCUGCGUCCGCGUCCGCGCCCGCGCCCGCGCCUGUGCCUUCUCCUGCUGCUGACCCGCUCGGGAGCGCCAGGGGGAAGGUGCAGGAGGAGGUGAUGAGGGAGUUCGCGGCCAUUAUGGCCAGCGGCACGCUGCGUGCCAGCGAGGCGGCGGCGCUGGCCAUGCGCCGGGUCAUGGAGCGCCACGGCGACGGCGCCACCAUGCAGCAAGGCUAG